UUAUGAACGUUAGUAUGUGCCAGUUCAUCUCCGGAGUUGUGCGGAGUUGUGAUUUUGAGAUGCCGAAUAUCAUUUCUCCAAACAAAAACCCAAAACAUUUGUCUGCCGACUGAUUUUUUUUUUCCGAUCACGGCAAAGAAAAUACCGUUCGUCUUCCCUAACCCAUUUAGGAAAUUUCGGGUUAGGCCAUUUUUUUAAAAACUUCUUCCCAUCUCGGAUUCUCCAUCGACACCGAGUUUGGAAUCGAGAAAAUCUGUGGAAAUCUGAUGCUAUUCCUGGGAUUUGGAUCCAGUUUCUGAUCGUCAACGCCUUUUGGGAAAAAUGGGUUUCUCGGUUUCCGAUAAAUUGUUGGGAACUUUUGCUCCGAUCGUGAUAUAUUGGGUUUAUUCUGGGAUUUAUGCUCUUCUGGGUUCGUUUGAGAAUUACCGGUUGCACUCGAAGAUUGAAGAGGAUGAUAAGAACUUGGUGUCUAAACAAACUGUCGUCAAAGGGGUUCUUCUUCAGCAAACCAUUCAAGCUGUUGUUGGGAUGCUCUUGUUUACGGUCAAAGGGAAUGACAGUGAGGACGCCGCAGAUCAAAAGCCUUCUCUAAUAGUUUUGGCACGACAGUUUGUUACUGCAAUGUUGGUUUUGGAUACUUGGCAGUACUUCAUGCACAGAUACAUGCACCAGAAUAAGUUUUUGUACAAGCACAUCCAUUCUCAACAUCACCGCCUCGUUGUUCCCUAUGCGUUUGGAGCUCUUUAUAAUCAUCCCUUGGAGGGUCUUAUCCUCGACACAAUUGGUGGUGCCGUAUCAUUUCUCCUAUCUGGCAUGUCUCUACGAGCUUCCAUCUUCUUCUUCUCCUUCGCCACCGUCAAGACCGUUGAUGAUCAUUGCGGAUUGCUACUUCCUGGGAACCUCUUCCACAUCUUUUUUAGAAACAAUACCGCCUAUCAUGAUGUUCAUCAUCAGCUAUAUGGAAGCAAGUACAACUUCUCCCAACCAUUCUUUGUCAUGUGGGAUAGAAUACUCGGAACCUAUAUGCCUUACUCGUUAGACAAGAGAGCUGGAGGAGGCUUUGAAGCACGGCCUUUAAAAGAUUACAAGGAUGCUUGAUUGUUAUAUGAUCAACAUUAACAAACUAUAACUUGUACCAGUAUUUUUUCGCUCCCCUUAUGAGUGAACCACGCUGCUUAUUAAAUUGUAUGUACGAAUAUUGUUGUGCUGUUUGCUUUAGAUUUCUUUUUGUUUGUAUUUGUUAUUAUUUUGAUAAUGAGAUCUGAUCAUGUACGGUACUUUUAUUAGAUAUUUCUAUCUUAAUUCUCACUUUUCUGGUUUU